AUGGCAGCAGCACCGCGUGGAGGACGGGUUGUGGGUACGGCACGACUGACGCUGCCAAACGGCAAGACGGCGGAGCUGCCGGUGUACGGUGGCGUCUCGGGGCCAGACGUGGUCGACGUCCGCGGAGUGUACAGCGCGACAGGGUGCUUUUGCUACGAUCCGGGCUUUAAGGCCACAUGCUCAUGUGCGUCUGCCAUUACCUACAUCGAUGGUCCUCGCGGUGUUUUACUCCAUCGCGGCUACGCCAUCGAGGAGUUGGCGGCUGAUGGCGACUUUGAUGACGUAUCGUACUUGCUCCUUUUUGGCGACUUGCCCGAUCGCAAGGCAAAGGCUCUGCACUCAGCCCGGCUCGUGGCCGAGCGACGAGUUCACGAGCGGCUCAUCCACUUUUACUCCGGCUUUCUCUCCAACGCUCAUCCCAUGGCUAUCAUGGUCGGCGUGGUCGGGGCGCUCUCGGCGUUUUACCACGACAAGCUUGACGUUUUCGACGCCGGCGAUCAGGUGGCGGCGGCGUAUCGGGUCAUCGCCAAGCUUCCGACCCUGGCGGCUAUGGCGUACAAAACUGCGGUGGGAGAGCCGUUUGUCUACCCGCGUGACGCGCUCUCUCACUGCGGCAAUCUGUUGCACAUGCUCUUCGCCAAGCCGGGCGCCGAGUACGUGGUCGAUCCACUUGCCGAGCGGGCGCUCGAGGUGUGGAUGAUCCUGCACAUGGACCACGAGCAGAACGCAUCGACGUCGACCGUCCGUAUUGCUGGCUCGUCCGAAGCCAACCCGUACGCGGCCAUUGCGUCGGGCAUCACCGCGCUCUGGGGCCCGGCCCACGGUGGCGCCAACGAGGCCGUCAUCCGCAUGCUCGAGGAGAUUGGGAGUGUGGAUCAGAUCCCGGCCGCCGUGGCGCGCGCUAAGGACAAGUCCGACUCGUUCCGCCUUAUGGGCUUUGGCCAUCGGGUGUACAAGUCGUACGAUCCACGGGCCCGCAUCCUCAAGUCGUACUGCCACGAGCUGCUCGGGAAGCUGCAGCGGGAGGACCCGCUGAUGGAGCUGGCGCUCGAGCUGGAAAAGGUGGCGCUCGAGGAUGAGUACUUUGUCUCCCGCGGCCUCUAUCCCAACACCGACUUUUACUCGGGCAUCAUUCUCCGGGCCCUCGGCAUCCCGCGCGACAUGUACACUGUCCUCUUUGCCGUCGCCCGCACCGUCGGCUGGAUCUCGCAGUGGCGGGAGAUGAUCUCCGACUCGACACGAGUCAUCGGCCGCCCGCGUCAGCUGUACGUCGGCCCGGCGCCGAGGUCGUUUGCCGCCGUCGACGAUCGUGCUGCCGUCGGCGGGAGGCGGAGCAAGCUUUAG